AUGGAGCAGCAACAAUUGAUGAGCAACAAGCAGGUGAUUUUGAGAGAGUACGUUUCUGGACGGUUUCCCACAGAGGCAGACAUGUAUGUGAAUACAAGCAGUUACAUAAGCUUGAAGGUUCCUCCACAAGGCUCAACUGUGUUGGUCAAGAAUCUCUACUUGUCCUGCGAUCCCAUGAUGCGAUUUCUCAUCAUGGAUAAUUCUCAUCACAGAAUGACCAAAUACGUUUAUUGUACCCCUGGCUCUCCAAUAUAUGUGGGUAUGGCUCGCGUGGCUAAAGUUUUGGAUUCCAGUCAUCCAGAAUUUAAACAAGGUGACUUAGUAUGGGGGCUAACCAGAUGGGAAGAGUACAGCUUCAUCACAAACCCUGAAAGCCUCAUCAAAAUCCGGCACACUGACACUGAUGUACCUCUUUCCUACUAUACUGGAAUUCUGGGUAAGUAA